AUGAUCACAAGCCUGUGCAUGUACGUUGGUAACGUUCAAUCAAAAGACGAAGUGGCCCCAAUGAUGAGCAUCACCCGUAUCAACACAGAAUCCCAAUCACACAGCAGUGAUAUCAAAGCAAUUUCAGAUCUGCCGACACUCAGUGUGAAGUCCAUGAUGUAA